GCCACUCGGACACCAGAGCUGAAGCCCAGCAGAGAUAGCAGCAAGCAGGCACCUCCGCGCCGCGCAGGCUAACUCGCUUUCGGCUUUGGUUCGAGAUGGAGACUCGCAGGACAUCCAGGCUUUCAGGCGCCCGCAAGUUCAAGAGCGGACUGACUUUGUGGCUGAUUCUGUGGCUGGUGGUGGUGAAGCCGGGUGGGGUGACAGCAUGCCCCAAGCUGUGCGUGUGUUACCCUACGCCCAUGACGGUCAGCUGCCAGUCCCAGAACCUCACCAUAGUGCCGGCCGGCGUGCCCUAUGACUCGCAGCGUGUUUUCCUGCAGAACAACCGCAUCACCGAGCUUCGUGCAGACUCUUUCGGCUUUGAGACUCAGGUGCUUUGGCUUUAUGGGAACAACAUCACCUGGAUCGAGGCUGGGGCUUUCAGUAACCUCAGGGUUCUGGAGGAGCUCGAUCUGGGCGACAACCCCUCGCUGCGGCACCUGGAAGGUGGAGCUUUCAGGGGACUGGAGAAGUUGCAGAGCCUGCACAUGCACCGCUGCAGGCUGGCCACUCUCCCCCAUGAUAUUUUCCACAAGCUGUACAGUCUGCAGUUUCUCUACCUGCAGGAAAAUCAACUCCACUUUCUGCAGGAUGACCUGUUCUCAGAUCUGGUCAACCUCACCCACCUCUUUUUGCACGGAAACCGAAUCCGCGCCCUUUCUGAGAAUGUGUUCAGAGGUCUGGUCAACUUGGACCGCCUCCUUCUCCAUGACAACCGCAUUAGGCAGGUAAACCGCCGGGCCUUCCGCGACCUGGGCCGACUCACCAUCCUUUACCUGUUCAAUAACACCCUGGCCGAGCUCCCGGGUCAGGCCAUGAGAGAUGCCCAGGGCAUUCAGUUCCUGCGCCUCAAUGCGAACCCCUGGUCCUGCGGCUGUGAGGCCCGUCCCCUCUGGGAGUGGUUCCGCAAGGCCCGCAUCUCCUCCUCUGAGCUCAUGUGCACCUCCCCAUCGCAGCGUCGGGGCCAGGACCUCAGGUUCCUGCGCGAAAUGGAUUUCGCUCUCUGCCCCAUGCCUGACCCCGGCUCCUUGGCUGGAACCACCACGACCACCUUCAGCACCAAGACCCGCUGGUGGUUCUCCAAACACAAAGCCGAACACAAAUCCAAAGCUUCUCACCAGAAGAGUUCGGAGACAGUGAAGACCUUCCCUUUCUCUCCCAUCAAGCCCCAGUACCUCCCCAAAGCCCCCGUCGAAACAGUUCCCGUCAAGUAUGAGCUGUCAGCGGAUGAGGCCGCGCUCCCCAAGCUGGACCAGGAAGAGUACUGGGCCAACUAUGGAAACGAAGACUCCUCGAUCCGCUGCUACGAGUUGGAUUGUGCUCCAAACUACGACAACCCAGCCUUUCACUCAUCCUCCUCUUUAACCGUCACUCCAUCAGCCCUCCGCCUCCUCUCCCUCUACAUUGUCAUAUUUUCCCUGAACUUUCUGUUUAGCUGAACUUUCUUCUCCCCUUCGGUCCUAUUUCCCCUCUGAUUUCUUCCCCCUACUCUUUCCAACUCUUAACUAAAGCUUGGAUCAGGGGUAUCUUCAGUGGCUUUCUGGACACGCAGGAAUGCAACACUGAGGCAGAAGAGCUGUUUUAAAAAAACAGCAAUCAGUAGUUGGGUUGACUUAGAGCAGAAUAAGGUCUUUAAAAUGCAGACAUGACAUUCGAGAAAACAGCUCUGGCAGUGAGUAACAAACAGAAACCUACCAAGUAGGAUCUGUCUCUGUGAUAUCAAGGCUGCAAACAACGCAGGCGUUGUGAGUCAUUUUCUCUGCUAUUUU